UUAUAAGGAGAUGUAAACAUUGUUCCAGUGACUCCCUCAGUGCAGACUGACAGGCUGGAUGUGAGAUCUGGCAGGCGUAGAUUAUGAUACUCAUUUCUAACACGCUGUAAACAUGGCUGUUAGUAACACUACACUGUUUACACCCCGGUGUGUUUGGCCUACUUUACUCCUAUGGUGGAUCCUGCUGUGGGAAGCCGGCUGUGAAACUCAAUACCAAGCAGAGGAGGUGGAGAUUUUCCAUUCUGAUAAACAGAAAUCAUUGGAAUGGAAAUCCGAGCCAAACGCAGAGUGGACUUCAGUUAACCUUGCUUCAGUCCCUGUGCUUCAAGCUUGUGCAAGGCGCAUGACAAGAACUGUUUUAAGCCCGUGGAUGGAGCGGAAAGAUGCCCACUACAUACUGAUGGAUAUUUCCUUAGCCCAAGAACAACAGCCGUCUGAACAGCUGAGCCCACUACAAGUUCACUUUUUUGAUAUAAACACACCAAUGACAAUCUUUCAAAAUAGUUUGACCGUCCUGAAUCUUAACACCUCCAGGCCUUUCCCUGUCAAUGCAGUCCUGCCAUCCGGGUACUUUGAGCGCAGACUAGCUCUGGGCCUGGGCCCCGUCAGACGGACAGGCUUCCAGCUGGCCUUCUCCUACUCUGGAACAUGUGUGCUGCUGACAUCCAUCAGACUGUACUACAGGAGGUGCCCUGACAUCGUUAGUAACCUGGCCUUGUUUGAAGGGACGGGGGCCGCGUCGGGUGACCUGAGGGGCUCCUGUGUGAACGGAGCUGUGGAGGUUUCUCCUCCUGUUAGAGAGUGUGAGGCGGAUGGAGAAUGGGGUCCAGAGCAUGGAGGAUGUACCUGUAAUCCCGGCCAUCAAGUCAUGGAUGACACAUGUCAAACUUGUGAUAUGGGCUACUACAAACCAGCCAAUGAGAGUGGAGUAUGCCGGCCAUGCCCACAGAAUAGCAACACAUAUGGGAAGGGAUCUGAGAGGUGUGUUUGUCUGCAGGGUUACACCCGCCUACCAACGGACCCUGAAGACCUCGGAUGCACUAAGCCGCCCUCUGCUCCAGUGAAUCUCACAGCCCGUCACCAUAAUGACUCCGUGCUGAUGGUGACGUGGGAUCCUCCUCAUGACCGUGGAGGCAGACAGGAAGUGAUGUAUGGCAUCAAGUGUGAGAAGGAAGUGGAGUCCAGCCGUCAGUGGCAGGCGUGUGGCGAUACUGUGGUUUUCCUGCCUAACUCAGCAGGGCUGACCAACACAUCAGUCACUGUCACCGAGCUGAGCCCCCAGCACGGAUACAGGCUCUCAGUGCAGGCCUGGAACGAUGCAUCCACCCUGGGGGGGGCUCCACCUUCAUCCACUGCCACCGUCACAAUCCACAGAUGGAAGGUUCCUCCUGUGGUGAGCACACAGAUGCCGGGCUUAAACUUCUCAGAGCUGGCAGAAGUUCCAACAGCUUCUAAGUCCCAGAGUCGCACCUCCAUGUGGAUGACAAUUGGUAUUUUAUUUGCCAUCCUGCUGCUCAUGGCUCUAAUCCCCAUUGUUGUGUGUGUCCUGCGCAGCAACUACACUAAACUCAGGUCCGACCAGGAUGUGGAGCUUCUGCCAAUGAACGCUGGAGUUUCCUACAGACUUCAGCAGGAGGAGGAAGCUGAACCUCAGCCAGCCAGCAUUUCAGUGGUGGGGGUGGUCCAGAUGUUGGAGGCGCUCGGCGGCAGCAUGCUGGACAGUCUGAAGGAAGUCCUGGUGGAGAGGGAAACACUCACCCUGGGGAAGGAGCUCGGCAAAGGAGAGUAUGGAUCAGUCUAUGAAGGGGUCUUCUCACCAGAGGAAGGAGGGGACAUGAAGGUGGCUGUGAAGACCAUGAGAGUUGGAAUCCACAGCCAGGAAGACUUGUAUGACUUUCUGAGAGAGGCAGAGAUCAUGAAGACCUUUGAUCACGAGAAUGUGGUCAGACUCCUGGGGGUGACUCUACAGAGAGAGCAGGACUCUCCUCUGCCGGUGCCCCUGGUCAUCCUGCCGUACAUGAAACAUGGAGACAUGCGCCGCUUCCUCAUCGCUACACGAUACGGAGACAUUCCUAUGUUUGUGCCCCACCAGAGUCUGCUGCGCUUCAUGGUGGACAUCGCGGGGGGGAUGCAGUAUCUGAGCUCUCAGGGCUUCCUGCACAGAGACCUGGCUGCACGCAACUGCAUGCUGGGCGAUGACCUGCGGGUGUGUGUGGCUGACUUCGGCCUGUCCAAAAAAAUGUACAGCGACAAUUAUUACCGCCAAAAAGUGGCGAUCCGUGUGCCAAUCAAGUGGAUGGCGAUGGAGAGCCUGUCUGAGUCCCUGUAUACCACCAAGAGUGACGUGUGGUCCUUCGGUGUGACCAUGUGGGAGAUUGUGUCCCGGGGAAGGACUCCCUAUCCUGGAGUGAGCAACCACGAGCUGCUGGAGCUGCUGCUGUCCGGACACAGGCUCAAACCCCCCCAGGACUGUGACCACAAACUUUACGAGGUGAUGCAGAGCUGCUGGCACGAGGACCCGAGCCUCAGGCCUGGCUUUGGGGAGCUGUGUGAGACACUGAGAGCUCUCCUGUCAGAGCUGCCGGAGCUGGAGGCCAGCCAGGAGGAGAGCUACAUCAACCACGGCCUGGAGGUGGCUGCUGCUGCUGCUGCUGCUGCCUCUCAGGAGACACACACUGAAUGUGGGGGGAGAUGCGAGAAUGUGUACCUGCCUACUCCUCUGGGUGCUGCUGCUGCAGCCAGAGAGGAGGAUGAGGAAGUAGCGGAUGGCUACCUUAAGUAUAUUACUGGCUCUGCAGUUAAGGGGGAUGAUUACGACUAAAAAAGACAAUGUUUAAGAUACAACAUUAUAACUGAAACUCUCAUUAACUGUGUUUGUAUAAAAUGCUCAGGGGCAUUUCCGCAUAGACUGAGAGAGCGACAGAAAAGAAAAUCUAUUUUGCACUUUUUACAUGUUUUGUAUAAUUGUAUUGUAAAUAUAAUAUCUAUUAUACUGUAGUUCGUCCUAUAUUCAUUGUGCUAAGUUGUUUAGUUUAUUUUGUAUUUGUAUAUAUUUUCUUUUUAAAUUGUUCUAUUUUUUAUCUUUAAUUACAACUUAUUUCCUUGUGUUGUUUAUGUUUUCACACCAUAGAAAAUUCCUAUAAACUCAGUUCUGAUUCUUAUUCUGAUCUGGUACAGACAAACCUAAUGAUUGUAUUUCCUUUUAUAAAAGUUAACUAAUAAAGUUGAAUAAUUUA